AGGUGGAAAAGGAUUAUAAUACAAUUGAGGAACAAAAGAAAAAGCAGAGGAAAGCCCGAAAAAUAAUGCAGAGAGCAUGUAGUGGCAGUAAGGGAGCAGCUUUUUUCAUUAAACCCAUUUUGAUUUUCAUGUGGUUAUGAUUUGUCUGUCUAAUGUGCGUGUAUAUACAAAGCAAACCUGUAUCCUUUGCAUAUGAAUUAUGAAACAGUGAAUCUUAACAGUUUUGAAGUUGGAGAAGAUAUUACUUCUUAAGAUCCAGCAUCGAAAGUCUUCAAAAUUUCCCCGGAAAAUCGUGGUGGGAUUUCUUGAUUCUUGAGAAAAAGAAGAAGAAGAAAAAUUCUCUUGUUGGAUUUGUUUUCAAGACUGUUCUUCCUUUUCUAUUCUGUUUUGCCAAUUCUUGCCUCAUCAGUCAUCGCCUCUCUUUCUUCCCUUUCUCUUCCUUUGAAGCUCCAAAAAUGGCGACCAAACUCUGUAAUAUUUGAUUUGUUUUUGGAGGGUUUAUUUUGUUCUUUUUUGUUUUUAAUUUUCUGCAUUUCGACCUUCCAAUUAAGCAAAUCAUUUUCCUCUCUAGUUUUUCAAAACGGUUAUGGGUUUUUUGCGGAAGUGUCAUCUAAAGUCCAAAAAAUUUCAAAUUCCAGCUUAACUUUUAGUGAUGAUUACUUCAUUAAAUGUACAGGAGAAGAAAACGUUCAUAAUUUCUGGAUUCUGCAUGCCUUGAAAACUUAAGUCCCUAAUACAAAUCGUACAACCCGUUUGGCAUUUUGGCACUUUCUUAGUUUUGAUUUCAUUUCAUUCUUCUCCUUUUGCUAUAUAUUCUCCCUUUUCCCUUCAUUAUUUCUCACUCACACCAGUUCCUUCUUCUUCUUUGCUCUGUUUUUUUCGAAAAACAAUGGGUUUGGUUUCAUUGAGGAAUUUCUUCGUCCUGUCUUUAGCUUUGAAUGUGAGUUUGAUUUUAAGAGCUAUAAAUCAGAAUGAGAAGCUCCAUAGCGGAGCUUCAAUGGCGGUCGAGAAAGGGGCUAAAGUAGCUCAAAUGAAAUUUUUGUCGUUCCCAUCUCUGUCAUCACCAUCAGCAGCUUCUCCUGAAACUCAAACUCCUCUUGGUAGAGAAAGAGUCGUUAAUCUUGACCAUGGUGAUCCGACAAUGUAUGAGCAAUAUUGGAAGCCAAUGGGGGACAAGACUACAAUAGUGAUCCCUGGAUGGCAAUCAAUGAGCUAUUUUUCUGAUGUUACGAACCUUUGUUGGUUCAUGGAGCCUGAAUUUGCCAAGCAAAUUGUGAGGAUACACAAGGUGGUUGGUAACGCCGUGACGGAGGGGAGGCACAUUGUCGUCGGGACGGGAUCGUCUCAACUUCUCUUAGCUGCCCUCUAUGCAUUGUCCCCACAAGAUUCUUCCAAACCAAUCAGCGUGGUCUCUACAGCCCCGUACUACUCGUCUUACCCUUUAAUGACCGAUUGUGUUAAGUCGGGGAUCCACAAAUGGGCUGGUGAUGCGAAGGUAUUUGACAAGGAUGAGCCUUACAUUGAAUUGGUCACCUCCCCCAACAAUCCUGAUGGCUUUGUUCGACAUCCCAUGGUGAACCGAACUGGUGGUAUAUUGGUCCACGACCUUGCUUAUUAUUGGCCACAAUAUACUCCAAUAUCCACCCCGGCUGACAACGACUUGUCGCUUUUCACUGUGUCAAAAAGUACUGGACAUGCUGGGUUACGUAUUGGGUGGGCUCUUGUGAAGGAUGUUGAAGUUGCAAAGAGAAUGAUCAAAUUCAUUGAGCUUAAUACAAUUGGUGUGUCCAAAGACUCGCAGCUUCGAGCUGCCAAAGUUCUCGAAGUAGUAUCUGACAGUUGUGAACAAGCCGGUGGUUCGGAGUAUGCAGAAUCCUUCUUCCAUUUCAGCCACACCGUCAUGACCGAGCGAUGGAGGCUGCUAAGGGAGGCAGUGAAACGCAGUGGCAUAUUUAGUUUGCCUGACUUUUCUCCUGCACAUUGCAACUUCUUUGACAACAACUUGGGAACUCAACCUGCUUUUGCAUGGUUAAAAUGUGAUCAAGACAACGUUGAAGAUUGCGAGAGCUUUCUCCGAGGCCACAAGAUUCUCACCCGUGGCGGGAAGCAUUUCGGCGUUGGCUCGAAAUAUGUUCGAAUUAGCAUGUUGGAUCGUGAAGAAACCUACAAUUUAUUUGUUGAAAGAUUGUCUCAGAUCAGGUCAUGACAUCUGAUAUUGGUAAAUGGCUAAGAUGGCAUUAGAGGUUGAUGAAGCAAUGGGGGGUUUUUGGGCUUGCAAAUGUAAAUUUCAAAAUGAAAAUGAGAGAAAGGGAAAUAUUUGUUAUUGAUUAUGUUGCAA